CGCCCGUCGCAGCGUCGUCCCGCGGGGCUGGCGCCGGGCGCGGCCACGGAAAGAGCCAGCGAGGAGCGAGAGCGCGCCCGCCUUCGGCUGACUGACUGACUGGGCCGGCGCGGCGAGGGGCAGAGGCGGGAGGCUGCGCGGAUCCGGCGGCGGGGAAGCGUCUGGGUGGUCGCCUCCGCCGGGCGCCCUGCGAGUCCAGUGAUACCUUGUUUGUCAAACGCUUUGUGACUCAAACGUUUUGGCUCCUGAACACCGCAAACCGCAAAGUUGAAGACUUGUGUGGGCAUUUAUACUCAGAGAAGGUAAGCAACCAUUAGGACAGAAGGAAACUCUCUACACCAGUCUAGAGGCUGAAGAACUUUUUCACAAUGGACAUAGAUGAUGAAGAGAAUAUGAGUAAGAUGUUCAUGUUAUACAGUGCUAAACCCAUUACUGUUUCUGUAGCUGCUUAGUGCUUGCCCUUUUCAAGUCAGUCACCUUUUGCUUCUAAUCCCGCCUGACAUUCAGAGGAGUUCCCUACUUUUAUUCUAUGGAAAGAAUUAUGUUAUAAUAAUUUGCACAGCCCUGGAAAAAGAAUACUGAAUUACUACUGAAAUUAAUGAGUUUUAAAUUCUUCAUGUGCAUAGGAGCUGUUGUCUUCAGUGGGUGUGCAGGCCCAACGGUAUGCAUGUUUACUCAGAGCUAAGCCCCACUAAGUUAAGCCCAAGGUGGUAGUCCUAGACACAGUUUCCUGAGAGUAAGCCUAACUGUAUUUGAUGUGGUUUACUUUUGAAUAGAUGUGCAUAGUCUUGCUUAAAUUUCUGUGGUCACUGAGUCACACCUUUUUGUUUUAUUGUUGACCUUCCUAACUUUCAUCCUCCGUUCCUCUAAGUCAGUUUUCACUUUAAAAUGCAGUUUCUAGAAUAUCUAAGAAUAUUGGCUAUAGGACUGAUGUCAUAGCAGAUCUUCACUACCGUUAGAAUACAUGCUCCUGAGUAAUGUGCAUUGAUACCUGGUUCCUGCUUACCGACCACGGCAGACAAGGCAACUCCCGACUGACACGCAAUUGCUCACACAUGCACGGAGCCCAACCCGGAAGUGACCCUAGAACGUCACUAAAACGUUCAGGCAGCAUUGAUGUUAAAGAGAACCGCAACAUGGACAACAUUUCACCUAAAGAUGGGAGUUUGCAAGGCGCCGGAGAGGGGAACCAGCUCUCCAAUGGUGGUGGCGCUAGCAGCAGGAAACGACCCUUGGAAGAGGGAAGCAAUGGCCACGCCAAGUUCCGCACAAAGAAAAGGAAGAAAACACCAGGGCCGGUCUUGCCCAAAAAUGCUCUCAUGCAGCUGAAUGAAAUCAAGCCUGGCUUGCAAUACAAGCUUCUCUCCCAAACAGGACCCGUUCAUGCCCCUAUUUUUGUGAUGGCAGUAGAGGUUAAUGGGCAGCUGUUUGAAGGCUCCGGCCCUACAAAAAAGAAAGCCAAGCUCCAUGCAGCUGAGAAGGCCCUGAGGUCCUUUGUUCAGUUUCCAAAUGCUUCCGAAGCACAUCUCGCCAUGGGAAGAACUCUUUCCGUAAAUACGGACUUCACCUCUGAUCAGGCAGAUUUCCCAGAUACCCUCUUCAAUGGCUUUGAAAACCCCGCCCAAUCUGAUCUUUCCUUUUAUCUGGAUUCCAACGGAGACGGUUCCUUUAGCUCCAGUGCAGACUAUAAUUUGUCAUCUUCUGCGGCCUGUAGCCUUGUACAGUCGUCUCUCCCUGCUCCAUCACCAUACCCCUCCACAAGUGGGAAGAAUCCAGUCAUGAUACUGAAUGAACUUCGACCAGGCUUAAAGUAUGAAUUUCUCUCAGAAAGUGGAGAGAGUCACGCUAAGAAUUUUGUAAUGGCUGUGUCAGUGGAUGGCCAAACGUUUGAAGGAUCUGGAAGAAACAAAAAACUUGCAAAAGCACGGGCUGCUCAGUCAGCUCUUGCAUCCUUGUUUAACAUGCAGUUGGAUCAGACACCAUCUCACCAACCUAUUCCUAGUGAAGGACUUCAGUUACACCUGCCUCAGGUUUUAGCUGAUGCUGUUGCACGCUUGGUGGUAGAUAAAUUCAGCGAUUUGACAGAUAAUUUUACAUCGCCCCAUGCACGUAGAAAAGUGCUAUCUGGAGUAGUCAUGACAACAGGUACUGAUGUGAAAGAUGCUCAGGUUAUAAGUGUUUCUACAGGAACAAAAUGCAUUAAUGGAGAAUAUAUGAGUGAUCGUGGUCUUGCAUUGAACGAUUGCCAUGCAGAAAUUAUAGCACGUAGAUGCUUGCUUAAAUUUCUCUAUACACAACUUGAACUGCUCUUAUGUAGUAAGGAAGAUCAGCAAAAAUCUAUUUUUAUCAAAUCAGAACGAAGCGGGUUUAAAUUGAGAGAAAAUGUACAGUUUCAUCUCUAUAUCAGCACCUCUCCUUGUGGUGAUGCUCGGAUUUUCUCACCACAUGAAGCAGCACAAGAAGAUCAGGGAGACAGACAUCCAAACCGGAAAGCAAGAGGACAGCUAAGGACGAAAAUCGAAUCCGGGGAAGGAACAAUUCCUGUCAGAUCUACAACUACAAUCCAGACGUGGGAUGGAGUCCUACAGGGAGAAAGAUUGCUUACUAUGUCGUGCAGUGAUAAGAUAGCCAGAUGGAACGUGCUUGGUAUUCAAGGAGCAUUACUUACCCUCUUUGUUGAGCCAAUUUACUUCUCUAGCAUUAUCUUGGGGAGCUUGUACCAUGGAGACCAUCUAUCCAGAGCAGUAUACCAGCGAAUAGCAGAGAUAGAAGAUUUACCCCCUCUCUAUAUACUCAACAGACCUUUACUCAGUGGUAUCAGUAAUGCUGAAGCCCGCCAACCAGGAAAAGCACCUAAUUUCAGUGUAAACUGGACCAUAGGAGAUGCUGGUCUUGAAGUGAUUAAUGCUACAACAGGCAAGGACGAAAUGGGCCGUGCGUCCCGCCUUUGUAAGCAUGCUCUGUACAGUCGCUGGAUGCGAGCUUAUGCAAAGCUUUCUUCCAAUCUUCGUUCAAAUGUCAGUAAACCAAACAUGUACCACGAAAUGAAGCAAGCAGCUUCCGAAUAUCAAACUGCCAAAGAGUGUUUGUUCAAGGCAUUUUCAAAGGCAGGACUUGGUGCCUGGGUGGAGAAGCCCAUAGAACAAGAUCAGUUUUCCCUUGUAGUCUGAUCUAUGGAUGCCCUCUGCUUGGAAAAGGGGAUAGGAUGGAAACCCUGACAUCAACAUUUCAUCUACACCGUUGAAACAGCCGCUUUUAGAUUUUUAUUGUGGUUUUUUGUUGGGGAGAGGCUGACUUGAAACCAUUUUUUCCUUUUGCUAAAGUAUUAAAACCUUUGGAAAACUGAUAAUACAAUAACUAGUCUAGAAUAAUACAAAAUAAUUCCAUUACCUUCUAAGGAACUAUUGUUUGCAGGGGGUGGGGGAACCCACAAUGCAAUUCAAAGUGAUACAUCUGGAUAAUUUAAAUUUUAUUUUACUGCAUUGUUACCAGGUGCAUGAUUAAUGUAAACCACCUAGGAUUUUACACAACACUUUAACUAAGUGGUUUGUUUUUGUGUUCUUUUAGAGCCCAAGAGACAGAUUAUUUAUGUGCUUCUUAUAGAUUUUUAUUUUUUAAAUAAUUGAGCUCACAAAACCAGACUGGAGUUUGGCUAGCUAUUUUUCCCUGCUUCCUUGCUCUUUUAAAACCAGCUGUUGAAAACUUUGUCUCUCUGAUUUAUGUAUUUAUUAUUGUGUGAUCCAGUUUUUAACAUACCACUUUUUAUUCCAUUUUUAAAGUACUUGUCUUCACUUCCCAUUUACACACAUUGUGAAGUUACUGUUUUUUUACCAUUGUAAACUGGAAACUAAAUAUUUGUAAGCUAACAAAUUCUUUUUACUUUGAUGUAUGAAAACCAGCUUAGAAAUAGGCGGAUUGUGUUUCACAGGAACUCAGUGGAGUACAACAGUAAUAUUACCACUGUAUGUGGCAAUUUCAAAACACUCAUCUGUGAGGAAAUACGCUGCCUUGCCAAAAACCAGUUCACACACGAACACUACUAAGGGCAAAAGAAUUUUUAAACUGCGCGCUUCAGAGACCUAACUUAUUUUCGGCGAAACUGUUGUGUUCUUUUACACACACUGAUAUAAGGGUACCAACCCAAAUUAUUCUGAAAUGAUCUGUUUGAUCUAGUAUAAUAGGAAUAAAUAUUGAAAACGUUGUUCAUA